UCAUUGGAUAACUCGGAUAUGUCGGAAUCGCAGUCGACGGCGGGUAGCUAUCCGGGGAAGUCCUCCUCCCCGGAACUGGACGUUGUGGAGCAGGUGAACGGCAGCUUUGGUCGCUGGCAGCUGCGCACCAUCCUGCUGAUAUUCCUCUGCAAGAUUCCCAGUGCCUGGUUCACAGCCAUCAUUAUCUAUACGGCUCCGUAUCCCUGGAAGGGUGAGCUGGUCUGCCAUCCGGCGGAGUGGAAUGUUAGCCGUUCACGGGCGGAUCAUGUCAGCCAGAUCCAUCCCCUGUGGCAGGAUGCACGCAGCACGGAUCGGCUGUUCAAUGUGGACGUGUGCAAUGCUUAUUCGGAUUCCCUGGCCCGAGGAUUCGUUCGCAGUCAUGGUCGCGAAUGGAAUGCCUCCGAGUCCAAGGAGCCGGAUGCCCAAUCCUCGCUGCCCUGCGAGCAUGUGGAGCAUCGGACGGACUAUAGAUCCCUGAUUAUUCAGUUCGAUUUGAUAUGCUCCCGUCGCGUUCUAGUGGCGGUGACGCAAUCUUUUCAUGCUCUCGGCGCCCUGAUUGGCGGUCUCAUGGCCUACUCGGCUCUAAAGAUCAUCAGUCCGCGACGCUUGAUGUUGCUGGGCAUGAUUGGGCAGAUAUUUUGCGGUAAUCUUACGGGAUUGGUGGACACCUACCAGUUGCACAUCUACUUCCGGUGCCUCACUUCCAUUUUUUGUGCCCUGAUGUAUACUUCCGGCCAGUUUAUAUUAAACGACAUCACCUCGGGACAGGCCCGCAUCAUUGUGAUCACUCUAUCGGAGCUUUUUUGGUCCAUGGGCCUCGUCCUGCUGCCCGCCAUAUCGAUAUACUUUGACGACUGGAGCUACCUGUACGUGGCCAUCUCCUCCUCCCUGAUUGUGCUCGUCUGGCUACAUCGCUGGAUAGCGGAUGCUCCUCGCUGGCUGCUCCAACACCAGCGUGUGGAGGCUGCACUGCGUCAGCUAUUGGAAUCGGCCACUUACAACAACCGGAAGGUGCCACUCACCCUCGAUGUUCAGCUGACCGUUUACGCCAAUGAUCUGGAGCAAAUGGCCAAAAAGAAGCCAGGUUACUGCCAAAUCUGGGACGGCGAGACGAAACGUAGCCAACUGUUGUAUAUUCACUGGAUCUGGGGCGGAGCUAUGGUGCUAUAUAAUAUCAUUCUGCUGAUGAUCCGGAACUUGGGCACCCAGCAAGUGCAUGUGAACACAGCGGCCUUGGGAUUCGCCGAGAUGGUGGGCGUUUUUGUGGGUCUUUACUUGAUCCUAUACACUCGUCGUCAUUGGCGGUGGGCAGGAAAUCUGAUGAUUAUAGCCGGGCUCAGCACCUAUCUCAUCUGGCUGUUGCCAGAAACUGAACGAAAUACAAGACGCGUGGGGUUGGAGCUGGUGUUUUGGUUUAUUUUAAAAGUGGCCAACUCCGCCUCGAUUGCUGUCUUGACCACCUGCACCAGUGAAAUUGUGUCGAAAGAGAAAAGGGUUCUCUUGAUGUUGUCUGUGAUUUCAUUCAGUCGGAUGUGCCUGGUCUUUUGCCCUUUGCUCAGCUGCCUCACGGUCAUCCAUCACCUGGUUCCCAUUACCAUCUUGGCCACCAUUGGCUGGAUUUAUGGAUUGGCUCUGCGUCGCUUGAAUCGAUAUUAUUGGAACACGGAGCAGCCGCAGAUGAGUCAGGUGCCCACGCCCAACACUUAUCGUCGCCAGACGGCCAUCAUAAUGCGCCGAUGCAGCACCGCCAGCUCCGAAUGCAGUGCCUAUAGCAACGAGCUGUUGAGCAACUUUGAACGGAAUAUGGCAGUUAGUAUAGCCGAUAUUUGGCACAUCAAUUUCCAUCCCUCCAGCGAGAUCGAAAUGGAGAUGGAGCAGCCGAGACCGGAAGCUUGUAGAUCGCACAGCUCGGAGACGAUUUGAA